AUGGCGAUCGCAUCUCCGUCCGCUCCAAGCUUCUCCGCCUCCUUCUGCCGUACUCGCACAGAGACACCCUCAACCUUCACUCGCAUCCCGUCCAUUUUCACUCACCGAGCCAAGCCUCGCCCACUCACUCGCCGACUCGCCCUCAGCGCUCGGUUCAACAAGUCCACUUCUUCCGAUGCCGGAGGCUCAGUCUCGCCGGACAACGGUGAGCCGGAAAACGGUGAACCGGACGACAGUGAACUUCAGUACGAGCUCUUCCACGGCUUAUCGCCCCAGCGUUGUCGGAAAGGAUCCCCGGUGUUCGUCACGCUACCUUUGGACACCGUCGGCCCACUGGGUCUACUGCGGAGGCCCAGGGCUAUGGUUCAGUCGCUUAAGGCCCUCGCGGCGGCCGGAGUCGAAGGCGUGGUCAUGGAGGUGUGGUGGGGCCUGGUGGAGAGAGAUCAGCCUAUGCUUUACAAUUGGGAAGGCUACUUGGAGAUCGUUGCUUUGGCUCGACGCUGCGGAUUGAAGGUUCGUGCCGUCUUGGCGUUUCAUCAGUGUGGCACUGGGCCGGAGGACCCUCAUUGGAUUCCUCUUCCUCUGUGGGUACUUGACGAGAUUGAUAAAGAUCCAGAUUUAGCAUAUUCUGACAGAUUUGGAAGAAGAAAUAUGGAAUACGUUUCACUCGGGUGUGAUAUGCUUCCUGUUUUGCUGGGACGUUCACCUCUCCAAGCAUAUGCAGAUUUUAUGAGGAACUUCAGAGACACUUUUAGGCCUUUUCUUGGUGUUGUCAUAACACGCAUUCAAGUUGGGAUGGGUCCUGCUGGUGAAUUAAGAUACCCUUCUUGUCCUACCCAGAAACUAACAUGGGCUUGGCGAUCUCGUGAGCUUGGAGAGUUUCAGUGCUAUGACAAGUAUAUGCUUGCGUCUCUCAAUGCAUGUGCAAGAGCCAUUGGGAUGCCUGAAUGGGGAAAUGGGGGCCCUAUUGGUGCAGGCAAUUUGAUGCAGAAUCUUGAACAGACAGAUUUCUUCAAAAGUCAUCAUGGAUCCUGGACUACACCAUAUGGUAAUUUUUUUCUUGAAUGGUACUCAGGAAUGCUGCUUCUGCAUGGUGAAAGGAUAUGCAGGGAGGCUGAGACCAUUUUCCGGGGCACAGAAGCUAGUACAUCAGUAAAAGUAGCUGGGAUCCACUGGCAUUAUCGCACUCAGUCUCAUCCGUCAGAGAUUACAGCUGGCUAUUACAAUACUAGACUAAGAGAUGGAUAUUUACCAAUUGCUCGCAUGUUGGCUAAGUUUGGAUUUACUUUGUGCUGCUCAUGUUUUGAAUUGCAAGAUCUGGAAGAACAACGGAUGAAUCCAGUCGGUAGCCCAGAAGGCCUUCUCAGACAGCUGCUCUCAGCUGCUCGGGUGUGUGAUAUACCCCUAGAAGGUGAAACUUCUACAACCAGUUUGGACCAUCAAUCGUUUCAACAGGUGGUAAGGAUGUCAAAGUUUUACUCAUAUGGUCUAGAGAAGCCCUCUUUUUCGUUCAACUUUGUGAGGAUGGACAAGAAGAUGUUUGAAUAUCAUAACUGGAUUCGUUUCAAUCGUUUUGUGAGGCAAAUGUCUGAUGCCAAUGCUUUUCGAGCCAAGUUAGAGGUUGAUGCAAUGCCUGAUACACGUCGGUCUCCCACUUCCAUUUCGGAUGUUGCAAAAUUUGGAAUGGGUUCAACAUAUUGUUAG